ACAGCCGACUGUGUGUAUACUGUGGUCGUGGUCGCAGUUCGCUUGGAAUUCCACUUGAAAGCUGUUGUUGCCGCGUACCUAAUUAUUCAGACUGUCCUGUCCUGUUCUGUCCUGUCACCUAAAAAACAACACUCGCACAAGUUACCUGGCCGUACCGCUUUUAGUAACCUCAGGCAGGCUUUGUGGUCACCAGCUGGAGCCUUGUCACCAAUUCAAUUCUCACCUUUCCCGCUUAUUCCUCCCGUUCUUAUCAUUAUAUUUCCAAAUUCCAACCUUAUUUCUUCUUACCUACCUACAACUUCCCAUCCUCCCGGAUCCCCUCCAAUCAGCGACUCGACCACCAUGAGGCCGCUACCCAAGGUCAGCCUGAAGCUUCUCAAGAAGCUGCUUCCGCGGCGAAGCACCAACCCCUCCUCCUCCACCACCGCAACCCUCUCCACGCAACAAGAACAACAAGAACAACAAGCCGACCUCUCCUCCCCCAAGAAAUCCGACACAAAGCAAAAGCAGCGCGCCCUCGCCCCCGAGCCGCCGGAAGAAUGUCCAAUAUGCCACGACCCCGUCGGCCUCGCGAACCCAGAAGGCAUAGUCGAGUCGUGGACGUCCCUGCACUGCGGCCACCGCUUCGGCACGCACUGCAUCCAGACCUGGCUGCAAGAAUCCAUCAACCGGGACCAGACCUCGAACCCGUCAUGUCCCAUCUGCCGCACGACCGCCAAGCACCCCUGCGGGCACCUGAUCUCGCCGCCGCCCUUCCCGGCGGUGCACCACCAUAAUAACUACGCCCAAUACUACCCGCAGCACUUCGACUGGGCAUCCCCUAGACCCCCGCCUAGCCCGCCUAGACACCAGCAGCAGCGACAGGUGAGAAGGCGCUUGACGCGUAGGCCGGGACACCCCCUGCGCCCGCCGCCGCCGCGGGAUCUGCAGCCGCGGCGCAAGGCCCAGGUCGUCGGCGAGUGCCGCACGUGCGCCGAGAACGAGGUCUUCGACGCGCGCAUGCAGCGCAUUCGCGAGCGCGGACGCCAGGCUACGGGGGAGUCGGCGCUGAGCUCCGGGACGAGCGGUAGUAGGGGCGCGGCGGCGUUUAAGGCUAUGUUACCUGGGCUGGGGUUGAAGAGGAAUGGGAAUGGGAAUGGACAUGCGUUCCGCGCUACGGUGGUGCAUGUUGGACUUGAUCCGUUGGAGGAUGGGGGAGGAGGAGGGAUGAGACAUCGCCAGCAUCAACACCAGAGGAGUAGUGUGUUCUGCGGGGCGGCGCCGCGGGCGAGGAGGGGCACGCCGCCGCCGGGGUAUAGUCGGCGGUUGAGUAUUUAGGGAGUAUGGGGAAUGCUACGACUAGGGGUAGGGUGACUGCUUACGACGAGGUUCGUGAUACGGGUUACGUUUAGAUGAUGGGGGUAAGCAAGGCACGACAAAGGGAAGACAUAGGAUAGAGCUUGGAGGAUAGAUGGGCGGAUGGAUGGACGGAUCGAUAGGAUCUCUGUUACGAAUCUC